AUGCGCUCUUUAAACGUAACCGCUUGCGCGGCGCUCCUAGAAGACGUGCGCUGGGACGAACCCACCAGCGUCGCAAGCCUAGCAGUCCUUGCGCUAAUUGAUGUACUUGUCAUUACAGGCAACUGCUUAGUGAUAGCUGCCGUCCUAUGUUCUUCAAAGCUCCGGAGUGUCACCAACUUGUUUAUUGUUUCGCUGGCUGUCGCGGAUCUGUUGGUGGGACUUGCAGUACUGCCAUUUUCCGCGACGAGGGAAGUCUUUAAGGUAUGGAUUUUCGGCGACGUCUGGUGUUCUGUAUGGUUAGCUGUCGACGUCUGGAUGUGUACGGCGUCCAUUUUGAAUCUUUGUGCAAUCUCACUCGACCGCUACGUAGCAGUUACAAGGCCAGUCAGCUAUCCUUCAAUUAUGAGCAAGAAAAGGGCAAAGGCGCUGAUAGCAGGGGUCUGGGUUCUAUCCUUUGUGAUUUGCUUCCCACCUCUUGUUGGGUGGAAGGAUAAGAGGCCAGCAGACAUAGAGACAGAAGUCAACCCACCCUGUCCAUGGACGUGCGAGCUGACUAAUGACGCAGGAUAUGUUGUCUACUCUGCCCUCGGCUCCUUCUACAUACCGAUGUUUGUGAUGCUCUUUUUCUACUGGAGAAUUUACAAGGCCGCUGUCAGAACUACGAAGGCUAUCAAUCAGGGUUUUAGGACAACAAAAGGGUUAGGCAACCGGUUUGAUGACAAUCGUCUUACGCUAAGGAUACACCGAGGAAGAGGAUCAGCUAGACCACACGGAUCUCCUCUAUCUACAGCAUCUAACCACUCCACGAGUACUUCCUUAAGUGCUUCCCCAGAAAGACUUAGAAGGCAUUCAAGUGCAAGACGUGCCCACGAGAAAAUAAAAAUCUCCAUCUCAUAUCCAUCAUCAGAGCAGAUCUGUCCAGCGUUAGAGAACUCUAGAUCACCGAGCAGAUCACCCAGUCCGUCCCUGUAUGCUGUACAUUAUGAACGGGAUGGACGGGAACUAACUGAGAGCAGGUUGAGGGUCCGACCACAUCAUCUAUCGCCGGGGACUUUGUAUGAUGACCUGGAAGAUAAGCCUAGAACAAGACGGAUGGGCAAGAGGAAUAUAAAGGCUCAAUCGGUAGGAUACUCAAAAAAGCUUUGGUGGUUAGAUUUUCUAAUAUCGAUAGUCACUUUCACCACCGUAAGCGUAGGGUAUCUAAAAGAACCGGGUGUCCCGGAUCGGAGGAUAAAUCCGAACAUUGAUCCCAGAGGAACCAGAAUGCAGUUCAUGCAAACUACCCCUAGAGGGCCUGCGCGUGCAAAAUUAGCUCGUAGGCUCGAAUUGGAUAGUCAUAGAAAUAUUAGUGUAGAGUUAAAUAGUACUUUAGAUUCCUCGGUAGAUUCGGUAGCUUACCAAUCAAUCGAGAUGACUGACGUAGACACAAUUUUUAAGGCCUUACGCCUGGUGCCAGAUUUUGAUGGUAACCCGCACGUAUUACCAAGAUUCAUUCAUUUGUGCGACCAAAUUGUUGCGGAAUAUAUUACCGCUAAUCCUGGCAACGAACUAGCAAAGCUCUGUCUUAUUAAUGGCAUAUUAAAUAAAAUUACUGGGCCAGCCGCGCGUAUUAUUAAUUCGAACGGCAUAUCCGAAAAUUGGGAUUGCAUUAAAAACGCACUGAUUAAUAAUUUCUCAGAUCAAAGGGAUGAGACGGCUUUGUAUAACGAUCUUAUGUUAGCCACGCAAGGGAAUAGUUCGCCUCAGGAGUUCUAUGAUAAAUGUGUUAACUUAUUCAGCACCAUCAUGACUUAUGUCACCUUACACGAGUCAGUCGAUACGACUGUAGAAGCUAAACGUGUUUUAUAUAAAAAAUUAACGAUGCAGGCAUUUGUGCGCGGUUUGAAAGAGCCUCUAGGCUCUCGCAUUAAAUGCAUGCGUCCUGAUAGUGCUGAAAAAGCUUUGGAGUUUGUGCAAGAGGAAUUGAACGUAAUGUACCUUCAAAAUCGUAACGAUUCAGUAUCAGAAAAGAAAAUUCAAAGUGUUCAAUUGCCAAAGCCAAUUCAAUUGGCUCCUAAUAAUUUCCCCGCGUUCAAACCAUUCAAUCCUGUUGCACGACCCCCUUCAAUGCCAAUAUGGCAGCCGCCCCAACAGCAGUGGAAGCCGAAUUUCCAGCAGCCAGCCCCAUUUAGAUCGAUGAACAUGCCAUCACGCACGCAGCAAAUGUUCCGUGCCCCACCACCUAACUAUAACCCUCAUCAAAAUAAUUUCUUUAGUGUGCCUAGAAAUGUUCCUCAAAAUCAAGGCCCUAAGCCUAUGAGUGGCGUUAGUCACUACGUCACUAGAGAGAGGCCUCUGACCACGCAGUUGACGGGUCAUGAUUGGCGUAAGCAUGGAAAUAUUCCAGCCUCAAAUUAUUUUAAAACUAAAGAAAUGAAUAUGAAUGAGUGUGAUAGUUAUGAAAAUUAUUAUUAUCCUGAAUAUUAUAAUUGUGAUGCAUAUGAUUACUAUUACGCAGGAAAUGAUUUUUACUAUCCGGAAUCUUAUUGUGUAGAACAGAGUUGCGAACCAUUAAAUGAGUGCCCUUCAGGCUACUCUGAUGAACCUCAGCCAUCUACUAGUUCCGUAGAAGAGCAGGAUUUUCAGAAGCGCAUGAAAUCAGACAAGUCAAAAUAG